AUAUAACUGCUGAUUUAAAAACAUUAUAUCGUUGGGCAAAGCGUUAGAAUUGUGAAAAAAAUGUAUUGAAGAAAUUAUUUAGCAUGGCACAAAAAAUGAAUCUUAUAAAGAAAAAACGUUUUAAACUAUGUUUUAACAAAGUUUUUUUUUUUUUAAUGGUUGUUUUAUCUUGUGAAACACUUGAUUUACUAAAUGAUCGUAGUGAAAGUUUGUUAAUUAAAGAUAACUUGGUUACAGUUUUGCCAUUAUUGGAAAGUACAUAUUCGGUUUCAUUUAAACUUAAACCAAUAUCGUAUUCGCCUGGGUGGAAAUGUGUUGCUCAUUUCACUACUGGCGGAAAUUAUGGAGUCUACGGAUGGAGAACUCCUGCAAUACUUCUUAAAGAUUCUCAAACAGAAGGUUUGUAUAUUGUAUCUGCAAUUAAUGGAUCUACAGAUUAUGUAGCUCAGUUCAUUACCAAACCAUUAACGCUAAAUAAAUGGUCAAGUGUACGUGUAUCGCAGUUUCAAAAUAAUGGAGUAUACACCUUUGCAGUGUUUAUAAAUGGAAUUAAUGUUUACAGAACUACAAAUCAAAACCCAAAAGCCUUCCAAAACGUUAAGGUAUUUGUUGCAGAUGUGUGGCAUGAUCCACUUGAUGGUUUCAUAAAAGAUUUUAAAAUUACAAAUGGAAUUCAGGUGAAUAAAUUGAGUCCAACAUGGGUAUACACGCAACCGACUGGAACCAAGCUGCUAACUGACACUUUUCAAUUUGUAUGUUCACAGUUGCUGUUAAGACAACAAAGUCUAUGUUUUCAACAGGAAAUAUCUACUGGAAUAGUCACGUUUCUUCCAAAUCAGGUGAUGGACGUGAUUGGUUAUGAUCCAAUAACCACAAUAAUUUACGGGCGCACGCUAAGAAAUAACUUUAUAGAAAUGAACUUGGCUAAAAGAAAACCUAUGGUGAUAUCAAUUGAAAAGUGCUCACAAAUAAAAGCAUGUAACCCGCUUUCAAGUUCAAAAUGAUGUUAUUAGGGUGCAUGGCAUGUGAUGCCAAAUAACUUUCAAAAAUGUCUUUCUUUUAUUAAGUUAAAGGCACAUUAAAUUAAAAAAAUGUAAAAAAAAGAUCUUUUGUUUAAACUACUGUUUAAACUUUUUCAUUAACAAUAUUUUCUUAAUUUAAAUUGAGAUCCUAGAUUAAUAAAUGCUCAAGAAAUAUAUUAAUUAAAAAGGUAAA